CAACUUUCCUCUCGGAAGAUACAACGGAGAUUGAUAUAUAUCUAUAUUUUUCAUAUAUAACGAAUUGAAUAAUGAAAUUAAUUCUUUUAACGAUACUAUUAUUAUUCGAUUGUUGUUUGGGAAGAACUUCAUCUUUUUCUUUGUUAAAAUAUAUUCUUUCUUCGAAUAAAAAUGAAUUGAAGAAAGUAAGAAGCGAAUCAGAACUUAAUGGCGAUGAUACUGUUUUAGAUUUCAUUGGAUUAGUUCAACGUCAUGGAUACCCGGCCGAGGAGCACAAAGUAACUACGGACGAUGGUUACAUACUGACAAUGCAUAGAAUACCUAAUAGUCCUUUAUCAGACAUAAAUAAAAAGAAGGAUGUCGUAUUUGUACAACACGGUAUGACAGCAUCAUCUGAUUCGUGGGUAUUACUUGAGCCUAAGAAAAAUCUCCCUUUUUUACUUGCUGAUACUGGAUAUGACGUCUGGCUUGGAAAUUUCCGAGGAAAUACUUAUUGCAGAUCUCAUGUCAAUUUGACGACAAACGAUCGAAAAUUUUGGGAAUUCAGCUACCACGAUAUUGGCUUACAUGAUACUCCUCAAAACAUCGACUAUGUUCUUAAUUAUACAGGAUCGAAGAAAUUAUUUUACAUAGGACAUUCUAUGGGUACAUCAGUUUCCUACGUUAUGUUGUCCAUGAAACCGAGUUAUAAUAAUAAAAUGAGAUUAGUUAUAAGCUUAGCACCAGUUUCUUACUUUAAACACAAAUUUCCACCAGGCUUAGAACGUAUCAUAAAAGACGUUCCAAAAAUAAAGAGAAUAUUAGAAGCAGAGGGGAUUUAUGACAUCUUAUCACAAUCAAAAAUGAUGAAAUUAUUGGGUGCCAAAUUAUGUAACGAGAAAUCGAUUUUCCACUCAAUAUGUGCGUCGGUAUUGUAUCUAGUUUCAGGACGUGAUACUGUGCAAACAAAUACCUCAUUGAUACCAUACUUCUUGAAUUAUAUACCUGCUGGUGUAUCAACUCAAAGUCUAUUCCACUAUUAUCAAAAUUAUCUAACAGGUAAUUUCGAAGCUUAUGAUUAUGGGUACGAAGGUAAUCUUAUUCACUAUAAAAAAGUAAAUCCUCCGGUUUAUGACAUAAAGAAAAUAAUUGCUCCAUUAGCAUUAUUUUAUGGAAUUAAUGACGUAUUAACGAAUGACAAAGAUGCAACUGAAUUGAGCAAAAAAUUGUCUAAUGUCGUCACGUGCGAAGCUGUGCCGUACGAGUGUUUUUCUCAUUUGGAUUUUGUUAUAGCGAAUGAUGUAAAAGCACUAUUAUAUGAUCGAUUAUUAGAUUUAAUGAAACAUGUUUCUAUUUACGUUACACAUGUACACCUUAUCUUAUCAACGUGGAUAGUAAUAAUUUUAUUAAUAUUUUUCGGACUCAAAAUUAAACCAUUUUCAAUAUUUCAAAAAUUUUUUUUUCUAAAAACUCCAUAUUUAAGUAAUGUUACUUCAGAUUUUAUAGAAUUAGCUAAACAGAAUGGAUAUUUUGCGGAAGAACAUACGGUUGUUACAGAAGAUGGCUAUACUAUAUUGUUUCAUAGAAUACCUUAUAGUUCCGUAUCAAAUAUUACCCAUAAAAUAAGACCAAUAAUAUUGAUGCAACCCGGUGCAUUUGCUUCAUCCGAUUAUUGGAUUUUAUAUGGCUCUAAAAGAAGUCUUCCGUGUUCACUUGCGGAUGCUGGAUUUGAUGUAUGGCUGGGAAAUGCUCGAGGAAAUAUAUACGGUCAAACUCAUGUAAAAUUUUCAUCGAAGGAUAAAGAAUUUAUGCAAUUUAGUUAUCACGAAAUUGCAAUUUACGAUGUUCCAGCAAUUAUCGAUUAUAUUCUUAAUUAUACAAAAUCAAAAAAACUUUAUUUUAUUGGACACUCAAUGGGCACAACAUUAUCAUAUGUUUUAUUAUCAAUGAAGCCAGAUUAUAAUGAAAAAAUAAGUUUAGUUAUAAGUUUGGCACCUACUGCAUACUGGAAGAAAGAUAUUAUAUCUCCACUAAUGAAAUUUAUAAUGACAUACAGUUCAAUAUCCAAGUUUUUAUUAGAAUCAGGAGAAAUUUAUGGUAUAACACCUAAAUCAAUUAUAAAUAAAUCAUUGAUAGCAGCUUGUUCUUAUAAAUUUAUUUUGCAAUCUUUAUGUGUUCCAUUAAUUUUUGGAUUGUUUGGAUCAGAUCCUUUCCAAAAUAAACCUUCAGAAAUAUAUAAGUUUAUUAAUUAUUAUCCAUCAGGUGGUUCUUUCAAUAUUUAUUAUCAUUACAUUCAAAAUAUCAUGACAGAAAAGUUUCAAAGCUAUGACUACGGAUAUGAAUAUAAUAUGAAACUAUAUAAACAAAAAGUACCACUUGAAUACGACUUAACAAAAAUAUCGGCACCAGUGGCCUUGAUAUACGGAAAAAAUGAUAUACUUGUACCAGAUAAGUUUUUGGUCGAGCUGUACAAAAAAUUACCAAAUAUUCAAUUAUUUGAAGUUGUACCAUAUGAUCAUUUUACUCACAUAGAUUUCAUAAUCGCCAGAAAUGUAAAAGAGUUACUGAACGAUCGUAUUAUAGAUUUAUUGAAACAUUAUUCGCAAUAAAUAAUAAUUAACAUUUCGAAAUUUCUUGUAAAAUAAAGAAUAUAAUUCUAAUUAAAGACAUAUAUUUCUUAUAUCAAUAUCUUGAAUACACGAUCUUAAAAGUACACUUAUAAGAAAAAUAUGUUUCUGUUUGUAAAAAAGAAAAAAAAAACAAAAAAAGAAGAUAUUGAGUUCCAUUUGUAAAAAUAAUACCACUAUUUCUAAAAAUUAACUUUUUCUAUAUCGUGGACAAAAUUUUCUUCAACCAUUUUUAUUUUUACCUUCAUCGAAAAAAGAAAUAUACAGAAUGUUUCUAAACCCAAUAUACAAUCAAUAUACAAAUGUGAUUGUGCUAAAAAGCUGUUCAUUCAAUAUCAUGUAUAACUUCAUUGCAAAAAGAAUAAACUAAAACAGCAUAAGAAAACUCUAUUUCUUCUCUCAAUUCUUUGUAUCGAU